AUGCAAAUGCCGGAAAUGGUCUGACUUCUGACCCCUAGCGGUUCCCGCGGAAAGGUCAGUCUGCAGCUGGACGCCGGCCGGUGUGUACCGUAACGUUACCUGUUUGGCUGAAAAGCAACUAAAAAUGUCCACCAACAGGAGAGUCGUCCUUGCAAGUCGGCCAGGUGUGAACGGUGAGCCAAGACUUGAGAACUUCCGCUCAGAGGAUUGUGGGUAUCCCGUGGUGCAUGAUGGGCAGAUUCUGGUCAAAACUCUGUUCCUUUCUGCGGAUCCAUAUAUGCGAUGCAGGAUGAACGAGGACACAGGUGCGCACUACCUGUCACCAUGGCAACUGGACCACGCCUGUGAGGGUGGGGGAGUGGGCGUGGUCAUAGACAGCCAGCACAAGGACUUUAAACAAGGAGACUUUGUGGAGUCUUUCAACUUGCCAUGGCAGCAGUACAGUCUGCUAUCACCCGAUGGUCUCAGGAAGCUGGAUCCAACUCUUCUUGGAGGCAAACUGUCCCUUGCACUGGGUGCUCUUGGGAUGCCUGGAGCAACUGCUUUGUUGGGCAUUCGAGAGAAGGGCCAUGUGACCCCAGGAGCCAAUCAGACGUUUGUUGUGAGUGGAGCUGCAGGGGCUUGUGGGUCUUUAGCUGGACAGAUUGCACGACUGGAGGGUGCCGCCCACGUUGUAGGAAUCUGUGGCUCCGAGGAGAAGUGUAAGUUGUUGAGGGAGGAGCUCGGCUUCGACCAUGCCAUAAACUACCGGACAGACAACGUGGCAGACAGACUGAAGGAAAUCUGCCCACGUGGCAUCGACACGUACUUCGAUAACGUGGGAGGAGAAAUCAGCGAAACAGUUAUAAAACAGAUGAACGCAGGGUCCCAUGUGAUCUUGUGUGGCCAGAUCAGUGUGUACAACAAAGACGUUCCCUACCCCCCUCCCAUCCCACAAGUGGUGACGGACAUUCUCAAGGACAGGAACAUCACAAGGGAAAGGUUCCUGGUGCUUAAUUAUCAGGACAAGUUUCAGGAGUCUUUAAUCCAACUGGCUACAUGGGUUCAUGAGGGGAAACUGAAGGUGAAGGAAACAGUGAUGGAAGGGAUUGAAAAAACUGGAGAGGCGUUUGUGUCCUUGAUGAAAGGAGGAAAUGUUGGCAAGAUGAUUGUCCAUGUGGCUGACCCCUGACCUCGAACAAGUCAAGAGGCCUGGAUGUUUUUGUUGUUGUGUAAGAUGACAUAUGCUGCUGCUAAUAAGGACAUUAACAGUUUAUAGUUGUUAUAUCAUGUCAGUUGGCGAGGAAGAUUUCGUUGAAGUUUGACAUGUUUUUGUGUAAGAUAUGAAAAAGGACAUUGAAUAUAAUGGCUUGUAUUUUGCUAUGAUUCAAUUUUAAUUAUCAGUUCUAUGUGUGAUAAGUUUUUUCCUGAUGUUUUAUUGUUAAGUGUCGACCGAUGAUGAUGAACGUUAACACCAAAAUACAUUUUUAUGACUAUGUUCAGUAAAACAUUUUUAUACAUCGAAUGUAAACAUUUGCAACAAAUAUUCACACUUUCGAUGCCAUUGAACAUCAAACCAAGUCUAAAGAUCAUACUUCCCUCUCUUGCUUUCUGUUGCCAAGUAAUUGAAUUUUACGUUAUUAAUAUUUACAUUUGUAAUGAUAACAUCACAUUGAACAUGGUAGCCAAUAUGGAGCCUGCACCAUGGCUAAUAAACAUUCAAGAAGCCAAAAAAGCAAAUAUUGUAAUAUCUUGCAACUGUAUGUUAUGAUUUAGUAAACAUUGUUGGCAUCUCAAAAAAAUCACUACUUUGCAACAGGAAUCAAGAGAUGGAAGUAUGGUCAGGUUUGAUAUUCAUAUAACAUACUAAUUACAAUGUAUUUUUGGUGAAAAUGUCUGAUGCUAAUGAUGUCAUAGGUACUAGUAGGCCACAAUUGAGAAAUGAAAAAAAAUGAUGAAGCCAGGGUUUUUGUAGAUAUUUAUUGUCACAGAGAAAAAUGUACAAUAAAUCUUUGCUA